AUUCCGAGUCCGGAGUUGGAGGCUUUGGGCGGCCGCGGCAUAGCGCGCGGUGCCGGGGCCGGCGGGGAGGCGCGCGCUCGGGGCGCGGCGCCGGCGACGCGGCCACGCGGCGCGCUCCCGAGGAAGGGAGGUGUGGGGUCGGCUGGGGGUGGUGCGUGGCCGGGGUGGGGGUGGGGGGAGGGUCGGGUGUCGGCGAGCUCCGCGUGCGGGUUCCGAGUGGCUGCUGGCGGCCUGGGCUGCCGGGGCCGACGCCUGGGUGGCUGCCGCCGCCGCGCCUGCUGCGAGAUGGCGAUCUUGGGCGCGGAAGGGUGAGGGCGCCCGCCGCAGGAGGAGGUGCCGCUGCCGUGGCCGCCUGGCUGCCGGGAGCCGACAGCUUCGCGCCGGGGUUGUCUCCUCACAGACUAUGAGCUCCUUGAAAGAGGGAAUCGUGUCUUACUCAUCUUUGUAUCCCCAGUGUCUAGCAGUUCCUGAUACAUAGUUUUAGCUGAAUUUUGGGACAUGGCCACUGCUUCACCAAGGUCUGAUACUAGUAAUAACCACAGUGGAAGGCUGCAGUUACAGGUAACUGUUUCUAGUGCCAAACUUAAAAGAAAAAAGAACUGGUUCGGAACAGCAAUAUAUACAGAAGUAGUUGUAGAUGGAGAAAUUAGGAAAACAGCAAAAUCCAGUAGUUCCUCUAAUCCAAAAUGGGAUGAACAGCUAACUGUAAAUGUUACGCCACAGACUACAUUGGAAUUUCGAGUUUGGAGCCAUCACACUUUAAAAGCAGAUGCUUUAUUAGGAAAAGCAACGAUCGAUUUGAAACAAGCUCUGUUGAUACACAAUAGAAAAUUGGAAAGAGUGAAAGAACAAUUAAAACUUUCCUUGGAAAACAAGAAUGGCAUAGCACAAACUGGUGAAUUGACAGUUGUGCUUGAUGGAUUGGUGAUUGAGCAAGAAAAUAUAACAAACUGCAGCUCAUCUCCAACCAUAGAAAUACAGCAAAAUGGUGAUGCCUUACAUGAAAAUGGAGAGCCUUCAACAAGGACAACUGCCAGGUUGGCUGUUGAAGGCACGAAUGGAAUAGAUAAUCUUGUACCUACAAGCACUCUAGUCCAAAACUCAUGCUGCUCGUAUGUAGUUAAUGGAGACAACACACCUUCAUCUCCGUCUCAGGUUGCUGCCAGACCCAAAAAUACACCAGCUCCAAAACCACUCGCAUCUGAGCCUGCCGAUGACACUGUUAAUGGAGAAUCAUCCUCAUUUGCACCAACUGAUAAUGCGUCUGUCACGGGUACUCCAGUAGUGUCUGAAGAAAAUGCCUUGUCUCCAAAUUGCACUAGUACUACUGUUGAAGAUCCUCCAGUUCAAGAAAUACUGACUUCCUCAGAAAACAAUGAAUGUAUUCCUUCUACCAGUGCAGAAUUGGGAUCUGAAGCUAGAAGUAUAUUAGAGCCUGACACCUCUAAUUCUAGAAGUAGUUCUGCUUUUGAAGCAGCCAAAUCAAGACAGCCAGAUGGGUGUAUGGAUCCUGUACGGCAGCAGUCUGGGAAUGCCAACACAGAAACCUUGCCAUCAGGGUGGGAACAAAGAAAAGAUCCUCAUGGUAGAACCUAUUAUGUGGAUCAUAAUACUCGAACUACCACAUGGGAGAGACCACAACCUUUACCUCCAGGUUGGGAAAGAAGAGUUGAUGAUCGUGGAAGAGUUUAUUAUGUGGAUCAUAACACCAGAACAACAACAUGGCAGCGGCCUACCAUGGAAUCUGUCCGAAAUUUUGAACAGUGGCAAUCUCAGCGGAACCAAUUGCAGGGAGCUAUGCAACAGUUUAACCAACGAUACCUCUAUUCGGCUUCAAUGUUAGCUGCAGAAAAUGACCCUUAUGGACCUUUGCCACCAGGCUGGGAAAAAAGAGUGGAUUCAACAGACAGGGUUUACUUUGUGAAUCAUAACACAAAAACAACCCAGUGGGAAGAUCCAAGAACUCAAGGCUUACAGAAUGAAGAACCCCUGCCAGAAGGCUGGGAAAUUAGAUAUACUCGUGAAGGUGUAAGGUACUUUGUUGAUCAUAACACAAGAACAACAACAUUCAAAGAUCCUCGCAAUGGGAAGUCAUCUGUAACUAAAGGUGGUCCACAAAUUGCUUAUGAACGCAGCUUUAGGUGGAAACUUGCUCACUUCCGUUAUUUGUGCCAGUCUAAUGCACUACCCAGUCAUGUAAAGAUCAAUGUGUCCCGGCAGACAUUGUUUGAAGAUUCCUUCCAACAGAUUAUGGCAUUAAAACCCUAUGACUUGAGGAGGCGCUUAUAUGUAAUAUUUAGAGGAGAAGAAGGACUUGAUUAUGGUGGCCUAGCGAGAGAAUGGUUUUUCUUGCUUUCACAUGAAGUUUUGAACCCAAUGUAUUGCUUAUUUGAGUAUGCGGGCAAGAACAACUAUUGUCUGCAGAUAAAUCCAGCAUCAACCAUUAAUCCAGACCAUCUUUCAUACUUCUGUUUCAUUGGUCGUUUUAUUGCCAUGGCACUAUUUCAUGGAAAGUUUAUUGAUACUGGUUUCUCUUUACCAUUCUACAAGCGUAUGUUAAGUAAAAAACUUACUAUUAAGGAUUUGGAAUCUAUUGAUACUGAAUUUUAUAACUCCCUUAUCUGGAUAAGAGAUAACAACAUUGAAGAAUGUGGCUUAGAAAUGUACUUUUCUGUUGACAUGGAGAUUUUGGGAAAAGUUACUUCACAUGACCUGAAGUUGGGAGGUUCCAACAUUCUGGUGACUGAGGAGAACAAAGAUGAAUAUAUUGGUUUAAUGACAGAAUGGCGUUUUUCUCGAGGAGUACAAGAACAGACCAAAGCUUUCCUUGAUGGUUUUAAUGAAGUUGUUCCUCUUCAGUGGCUACAGUACUUCGAUGAAAAAGAAUUAGAGGUUAUGUUGUGUGGCAUGCAGGAGGUUGACUUGGCAGAUUGGCAGAGAAAUACUGUUUAUCGACAUUAUACAAGAAACAGCAAGCAAAUCAUUUGGUUUUGGCAGUUUGUGAAAGAGACAGACAAUGAAGUAAGAAUGCGACUAUUGCAGUUCGUCACUGGAACCUGCCGUUUACCUCUAGGAGGAUUUGCUGAGCUCAUGGGAAGUAAUGGGCCUCAAAAGUUUUGCAUUGAAAAAGUUGGCAAAGACACUUGGUUACCAAGAAGCCAUACAUGUUUUAAUCGCUUGGAUCUACCACCAUAUAAGAGUUAUGAACAACUAAAGGAAAAACUUCUUUUUGCAAUAGAAGAGACAGAGGGAUUUGGACAAGAAUGAAUGUGGCUUCUUAUUUUGGAGGAGCUCUUGCAUUUAAAUACCCCAGCCAAGAAAAAUUGCAGAUAGUGUAUAUAAGCUGUUCAUUCUGUACAGUGAAUUUUCCGAACCUCUCAAAGUAUGUUUUCCGUUCUUCCACAGAAAUAUGCAAAACAGUUCAUCCUUUUCUACUUUAUUUAUUGUUCCCUUGAAAUGACUGACCAGGAAAAAGAUCAUUCUUAAAUUUUGAAGCAAGUGAAAGACUUUAUUAAAAAUACAUAUAUAUCUAUAUAAGCAUAUAUGAUAGUGGCUCUAGUUUUAUAGAGCUCCAAGUGUAUUAAACAUGACAGCCGUUCAUUCAUAAAGAUCUGGAUUUGCUUUACCUUGUUAAUACUAUCUAGGGGAAAAAGUGCAAAUUGCUCCAUGUUCUUCUCUCCCUUAUGUAACAUCUCCUGAGGGUGUUUAGUUGCAUGGCUGUUCAGGAAGGUAUUAAGGGCUUAGGCCAAAUCUUACUUUGAGUAUGUUUAAAAAAAAGAAAAAAAAAAUGCUGCUGGCUUUUCUGAAGACAGGUGCUUGAACCUGUCAGUUUGUUUUAAAUAAAUACAAUAGUUGAAAAUUUUUCUGUUACAUCAGUAAUAUUGUCAAAGUAAUGGAUAAAACCAUAACUUACACAUGAAAGUCAUAUACUAGAUCUGAUACUAGUUUAUUAUCGAAAUUGGAAGGAUUCAUUGAGCAGCAUAGAAGUUUGUUUACAUGUUACUUUGAGAUGCUAGGUAUUUGUGGAAUUAAAAAGAAUCAGGCUCUUUUGUACUUUGGUUUUAAAUCUGUGAUGCUUUUCAAAUUUAAUUCAUAAUAAAUUGAUGCAAUUUCAUACUUAGGAACAUAUAAAAGGUAAUGUGAACUCUGCCACUUUUUUGUGUUCAAAGUUUUGGUUUUUAUGAAGCCAGAUGGAUUGAAGAGUUAAAUAAGCAUUUGAAUGCUCUAAUACGAGGCUAAUGAUUUUGUUAGUGUUUGAAUAUCUUCAUUCCUCUCAAAUUCAUAACAGUUCUAUUUAUCUGAAUUAAAUAACCAUAUAAAAGUCUUUUGGGUCUCCCCCUUUUUACACAGAUCAUUAUUUUUGUCAUAACUUUUUAAUUGUUUUUCAUCAUAAGGGCCUUUGCUGAACUACAAAAAUGUGUAACAAAUUAAAAUUUGAUGUGAAUGAUAUUAAUGCUACUUUAGCAAACUGGGCUUCCUAAUAGCAAAUUUUAAACUUCCAUUUGUAUCAUGCUUUUAAUAUGCACUGUAAAUUUCAUUAACUUAAACAUUUUUUAUAGCCGUGGAACUGACUUCUUAAAAUCUGUUGCCUAUAAAUAUUUCACUGCCAAGUACAUACAGAAAAACAGUAAUUAUUGUUUUGCCAAAAUUUUAUUUUUCUACAUAUUGAGUGUGUUCUCCAUUUUAUUCAGAAUUCAUAGUAAAGAUGAAAGAAAGGUAGA